UGUCUUGACAAGUGAGAAAGCGCCGCCUGUACGAGCGAUGACUUUCUUGCUGGUGCACUGGCUACUGUCGGCUAUAUUGUCAGUAUGCUCUCUCGAAAUACCAGAAAAAGACCUGUCGGCUGCAAAUGAGUUACAAAGCUAUGAAGAUCCUUCAGAGGUGCUGAAAUCGCAUCAAGAUGUUUACCUGUUUCGUGCACCGCCGCAUGGAUGGAGCAGAAGCAACAGCAUGUGCAUGAAGUCGCAAUUUUUGAGUUUCGACAAAGCCAAGGGAGAAUACAGACGGACUUUGUAUUAUUGGGGGAUUCAUGUGACAAAGCCAACUUUUGGCCCCAAGAACUUGACACUCUUGAUGAGGAUAAAGAAGAGGGGCGAUACCAAAACUUUCAUCGAAGCAGUUGAAGUAGGAGGAAAAGGAAAUCUGUCAUUCCCGCUUGAAGAGGAGCCAGAGACGACAGAGUUGCCUAAAAAACAAUCAUCUCCGGUGGAACAACGCAAUGUUGAUGAUCAAUAUGGUGUCUUGUACCAUAGAGGUGUUAACAGAAUUGGCGUCUUAUAUGCGACAAGCAAGUGCAUACUUUUGGGAUCCAGAGAAAACGGCAUGGCAGUUGACUGUACCCUAUGGGUACUCCAGUCCUCACUAGAAGAUCCUCCCAGGCGCUGCAAAUUUGCACAGCUGGCUUUAUGCGCACCGCGAGCCUACAAUGCCUACAAAACGGAGAAGAAAUAUUGCGACUUCUACAACAACAUAACGGUCGCUUGGGGCUUUUACUGGACCUGAAUAACAAGGAAUAAUGGGUGUCAGAGACAUAUCGACUAUGUAAUGUCUUUUCCGGUACCUAAUUAUACGAAUUUCUUUAAAUAUCCGGUAUAGCUUCUAAAAUAAAUUCAUC